UCUUGACUAUGAGUGAAACGGAGAGGAAGCGUCCGGUCAUUGCUGGCAGAGAAAAAGGGCCAGGACCUGGUCGAUACAUCCUUCCACCAGCUAUCGGCUUUGUAGGCCACGAUUUCACCAAGUCAACAAGUCCUGCCUACUCCUUCCAUGGCAGGAUGAGUAACAACAUGCAUAGCAUUGACUGUAGUCCAGGGCCUAAAUACCAUAUCGAUGCCAAACAGACUCGCUUUGGAAGAGAUGGCACCCCUGCCUAUUCCUUUCAUGGCAGGACGGAAAGUCGAGCAGCAAUCUUCUCCACCCCUGGACCAGGAGCAUACAGUCCUGAGAAAGCCUCUCUGUGCAGCAUCCAUCGCAAACCGCCAUCCCACACCAUGGGUUAUCGAACACAGUAUCGCUCCGUGGACACCGUACCUGCCCCGAACAAAUACACCCUCCCUUCUCUCAUGGGCUCCAGUGUGUUGACCAAAGCAUCCAGUGCCAGUUACAGCAUCUCUGGGAAAUGCAAAUCUGGGGGUCCGUCUGAGGACUUAUCUAAAACUCCAGGUCCUUGUAGAUACAACCGCACAGAUCCCAGUGUCUACCUCCCGAGGCAGCCUGCGUUCUCUAUGCUGGGGAGGCACGCUGCUGCAAGGGAGUCCACAGUGGUACCAGGUCCUGGAAGUCAUAACCCAGAGAAAGUGACAAUGCACAAGCCCAGACCUCCAGCUUUCUCUUUAGGGAUCAGGCACUCAGAGUUUGUGACCCCUUUAAUAGUAGAUUAG